AAUGUCACCAAGUACUAUGCGCUCACGAAUUACAGCAGCAGAAACGAUUGUAGAAUCCGUUUUAGUAAACACUUGUGAGACAUGUGAAAAAAUUCCUCAACGUAUUUUUGUCGGGCUGACUAGAAGGAAUAUUUUGUAUUACGAGUGACCUUGGCUCCGUAGUGACGUUUUGAAUUCGAACUCUAGAGGUCGCGUAUAUUUCUCUCGAGAUGAAUCCCAUCAUCUUCGAUGAUGUAGCCAAUUCUAUAUUCAAGCUGCGGAUGUAUCCGUAUUUUGAUAUCGCUAAUUACAUUUUGAUGAGUAUAUCCGUAAAAGAAGAUACUCCUCAAUCUGGCUCUGUAAGUUUCUCGAGACGUCAUCCAUUUUCGUGCUGGUUAGCUACUAUGCUUAUGUGUUUUGGAGGGGCCAUCCUUUCAAAUUUCAUCACAGGAUCACCUCUAUUCGAAUGUUUUGAUGAUACAAUCUCCGUUUUAACGGCCACUGUUGUAUGGUAUCUCAUAAAUUAUUUCCCAUUUGAUCUUCUGUAUCGACUUUGCAAGAUACUACCUGUUCGACUACUGGUGUGCUCAUUAAAGGAGGUUCAGAGAGCGAAAAAGAUUUUUAUUGGUGUACAUCAUGGUCUUCAUCUGUUCCCAAACUCGCCUGUGAUGUGUGUUCUCCUAGGUCUUUUGAAGGGUGCAGGCUAUUGUGAGAUGAAAUUAAUACAGCGUCUUGUUCGUGGUGUAUGGCUACCAGCAACUAAUGAAUUUCUCCAUCCCACUUUCACUACAAAAAUUUCGUUACUUGCCGCUAUUGCAUAUUAUUGUCACCAUUUGGAUAUAAUACCGUUACCGGAAAAUCAAUUAUUCCUAGUUAUAAUGACUUUGUUUGUUUACCUCAGAAUUACUAUGAUUCUACUGGGCUUAAAAGAUCCAUUUGUACCGUUUGAGAAUGCUGUUUGCAAGCUGUUGUUUGGUGGUACUGUUGACGCUAUUCGUAGUGCUUUUGAACGUAGUCGUAGCAAGGCAUCUGAAGCUAUGCCUUCAAAUUUGUCAAAUGUUAGUGGAACAACCUCUUCAUCAACUGCCAAUAUGACUGGGAAUGCAAAUUUCUCUUCAACUAGUACGGGCACAGGACAAAGCAGUCAAGGUUUACCUAAUAGUAAUGCAAAUAGUUUCAAUUCAAGUGGUCUACGUGACGCUGCCAAUCGUCAAACACCAUCUUCAGGUGAUAAAAAACGUGACUAGUAUUAUACCAAACAAAAUAUCUUGUAGACUUACCUGUUUUAUCUGUCACCUCUAAAUGCUUCUUCCUUCAAGGGAAUAUUAUCCAUAUUCCAAAAUUCAUACCUUAGUUGGGUAUGUUAUGUAAAUUAGAUCUCUUCUUUCUGUAUGUCCUUGCAUUUAUCCAUGAAUGUUUACAUGAUGAACAAAGUUAAUGUUUGCUUCUAGAUUGAUUUGUUGUUCAGUUAAAUGUUAAUUUUUUCACUAUUAAAUUAUACAUUUCACAUAACUAUUGUUUUAUGCAUCUUCUAUACUUUAAGUCUUAUAGUUCCACGAUUUGUUUCUCCUCUUUUCUUGUAUUGUGGAACUAAAAUGCAAAUCAGUUAAGUGUAGUAAGUAUACGCCUACGUGUACGUUCCACUGCGUUUCGUUUUUUUCUACAUUUCUUCGCCGUUUCCCACUAGAUUUCUGUAACGUUGAGUUUUUAUUUUACAAACUGUCCUAUUCUUGUUGUUAUUCUCUUUGUAAUUCAUUUUGUUUACACUUCUAAUUACCCGAUUUAUCAAUUUGUCGGUUGUUCUUCCAAUCCUUUUUCCCUUCCCAUUUCUAUCCCAUUCCUAAAUGUAUCUCUCUAUACUUUACUGUUACUAUACUCCUCAAGGCCUUAAUUAAGAUUGAGAUUAGUUUGAUUGUUCGAUAGGAUCUCAGCUUUUUGUCUGUUUAUUCUAUAAAUUGGAAAUUUGUAU